CAUACGAGCCCCUCUUGAUCCAAAGUUGUUAAGUGCAAAACCCAGUGCAAAAUGAAAUCCAUGCUCAUUUUCGGCCUUGUGGCCAUGUGCGUGCUGGUGGCCAGCGCCAGCGAGGAGGCGCCCAAGAAGGCCGCCGAACCCGCCGAGCCGGCAGAGAAGAAGCAAGAGAAGCGGGGCAUUGGCCACGGCCUGGGCUACGGCUACGGACCCUCGGCGGGCGGUGCCGUUCUUGGAUCGGGUAUUGGUAUUGGAGGCGGACCCAUCGGCCAAGCUGUCGCUGAGUUGCCCACCCAGGUGCACACCAACACUGUGAUCAGGACCGUGCAGGUUCCUUACCAGGUGGAGCGUCACGUGCCCUAUCCCGUGGAGAAGACCGUCACCUAUCCUGUCAAGGUUCCCGUGCCUCAGCCCUACCCAGUCGAGAGGAUCGUCCAUGUGCCAGUGAAGGAGAUCGUCAAAGUGCCAGUCGAGGUGCCCCAACCCUACCCAGUGGAGAAGGUCGUCAGGGUUCCUGUCAAGAUCGCCGUCGAUCGUCCUUACACCGUCCACGUUGACAAGCCCUACCCCGUUCCUGUCGAGAAGCCCGUACCCUACACCGUCGAGAAGCGCGUCAUCCAUAAGGUCCCAGUCCAUGUGGACCGACCAGUCCCCUACAAGGUGGCCGUCCCAGUGCCAGUCCAUGUUGAGAGCCAUGUGAAGCCCGCCGUUGCCGUCACCCACACCGUCGCCGCUGCCGCUCCAGCCUACAUUAGCCACGGCUAUUCCGGCUACUCCGGCCACGGAAUCUCUGGCCACGGAAUCUCCGGCCACGGAAUCUCUGGUCCCGGCAUCGCCUCGUACGGCGUGUCCGGACACGGAAUCUCCUCGUACGGCGCCUCCGGCCACGGCGGCUACCUCCACAAAAAGUAGAUCCAAUUGCAACACUUACGAGGGCCACUGGAGAAUCGAAGUCGGGUGAAGGCGAGCGCAUAAGCAAGUCGACAUUAUCAAAAUGAAAAAUAGGCCAACAACCUGGACCCUGCCACCCAAUCUGCCACCCUCUCCCCCGCCAAGCAACCCUCAACGUACGACUUAAAAUUUAGUUUUAGUUUGUGAUAACAGCCGAAAUUCUUGGAGGAUCUGGGCCAGGGGAAGAGCUUUGACAGGCGCCGUCGAUGGGUUAAUCCAACCUAGAAAGCUUGCCCCGCCCAUCCGGGUCGCUCUGCCAAUGCCUGUCCCCUCGCCUUCCCCCUCCAUGUGUACAGUUCUUUUGUAGACAGAGACGGAAAAUCAAACAGCAGACGAGUUGCUCCUUCGACUUUUUCAUGAAAAUUUCCUUUCUAUGAAAUGUUUGUACAUAUUUAAAUAAUGUAAAUAAAAAGAAAAUUUGAAAAAAUAA